GCGUAUGAUCUAUUUAUUUAUUGAACUAUUUUAGAUGUAAAUAUAUACAGAUUAGAUUUUAUCCGGAAUGAAUAUACGAACUGUAAUUACGUAAGUUCUGUACGCAUAGAAAAACCGUGUGAACAAAAAUCGCGUAUAAUAUUAGUAAUGAGUUCAAUAAUUAUUACGUACUUUGCAUCAGUUGCAUCUUGAUUGAAGGAGAAUCGAAAAUAUGAGUCCAUAUACGUAAAGGUACACACAAGAAAAAAUAAAACUAGGAAAAGGUAAUUGAAUGAGAGAAAAGAAAGAGAAAUGAUUCGUAUACCUAUUUAUACAUGUAUAAUAAUUUUCAAAACGUCCAUUGAUAGAGCAAAAAAUUGAAUAUAUAAGAUUAUCUGAAUAAAUUAUGAAAACGAAAAUUUAAACAAAUAAAUAAAUAAAGUGCAAAUAGCCUAUACUUUCUAUAGAUACGAUAUUACUACUGCUACAGUGAUAGUUGUUCACCUAAACUGAUUCGCGCCAUGACGUAUAUUUGUUGCAGAUGCCAUAUUCUAUACACGCGCGUGUAUGAAAAAAACAAAAGUUCAAUUUCGAACAACGUUAACUAUCUUAUAAUAUAUUUUGUACGUAUGUUACGUACGUGCAUCGGAAGGAUUAUAGGUAUGUACAUGAAAAUCCUACCCUUUUCGAAUUAUUACAGUUAAUCGUGAAACUCAACGCGAAUAAUUUAUGGUAUAAUGACAUUUGCACAAUAUUAAAUUUGACGAGAAUGAAAUUGAAAAAAAAUUAUAAAUUGAUUCGCAGCAAAAUGAGGCCAGCUAAAAGACUCGCCCCCUCCAUACACGUUACCGUAUAUUGUCAUAUUGAUUCAUUCGUAUUCGAAGCGUUGAAUUUGAUUUCACUUUCGCUUUUCGCGAAUAAAACCUACAAAAAUAUAUACGAAUUUUGUGUUUCAGAAAUUUUUCGUACUCGAACGAUCUACGCAUUCUUGAUGUGCAUGAAGCCCACGGGCCAGUUUAUUUCAUUGAACUUAUUUCCUCGGUUGUCAACAAUCUUUUGCUUCUUUUACCAAAUGUAUAUGUAUAAUCGCCCCAUUCGCUCCCUCCCCCUCCCCCCCGUAGACAUCUAAUUUCUACGUCAUCUUAAUGUACGCGAUAAAGACGCCGCACUCUUAUCUUUUCCCCAAAUGUUGAAUACAUGUGGCCGAGUGUUAUUCGUACUUUUAUUACUUUUAUUACACAGUCCAAGAUUAUUAGACCACCGAUUCUGAGGAAAAGCUUAUUCGCCAUUCGCUAGGAAGGUCGUUGACUAUGAUCGGAUUCUAACAUCGAUUUAUCCUCCACCUGAUUUCAAUUUUCACCCGACAAAAAUGACGCGCUAAAAAAAUUUACGUUCUAACAAAUUGCGAACGGAUAAAAACAAUCAGAAAUUGAAAUGUAAACUUCUGUAUUUAACGAUACCUACUCAAGAUAUCAAAUAAUUAUUUCGAACACGCUAAUUAAGACAGUUCGAGCUUAUCGCUCACAUUGUUCGAAACGAACGUUUCGUUGCAUUUCCACUUCAUCCCUCUUCAAGUUGCAUCUGGUUCCACGAAUGAUCAAGUUAAUGAUUGAAGUUGAACAACAAUUUAAUGCAAGCUCAAUUUGAAUGUAUACCUGCUUCCGAAUUAUUGGCAUUCAAAAUCUGUAGCUGAAGAAAGUAUGACAAUAUAAAUUGAUGAAAUUCUUUCAUUUUUUUUAUAAUCUUCGGUGAAAAAUUCAAUUCGCAUAAUUUAUGUUGUUGUUAAUUAUUUGAGUGCAAAAAAAAAUAAUGUCUAAGGCAAAAGGCUCCCGUAUACCACCUAGCUACUAUUAUAAGUUCCUCUCGGUCUCAUACAGAUAUAGUUUAAUUAUUCCGUAAUUGUGUGCGUAAUCGCUGAUUGCCUUGUUGUGUGGUGAUUAACUAUAUUAUAGUACAUGCGUUCGGUCAGUAGAACGAGAACUUUGCCAGCGAAGACGCGCGCGGAGUAAUAAUUAAAACGUAGACUGUUGCAUUAAUCGAAAAACAAAGAGGAAGAAAAAAGUUAACAAUUUUUCGCUUUUUUUUUUUCUCCUUUUAGCAUUGUUAUAACAAUAAUUUUUUUCGCUACCGAUAUUUCGCCGGACAGUAUUAAAAACCGAAAAGAGUAUACAUUUUUCCAUGCUGUUAAUUAUAGUCAAUCAAUUCUAGUAAAAGGUGAAGAAAUAAUCGUACUGAAUAAAAUUGAUUCAAAAAAGCGUGAAAGAAUUUUUGAUACGUCGUCGUCAAAUUGUCUUUAGUAUCAGCUGCUCCGAAAAUGCCAUACGAGUAUUUGCACGUCUUACCCUUGAGCCUCUUCAUUCUGAUUCCGGUCACAUUUAUGAUCACAUAUACCAUAUCGGUACAAUGGGAUCAUGUGGUACCGGGUCUUCCUUACAUAUCAGAAACUGGCACCUUGUCACCCGAGUCUUGCAUAUUCGCGCAGUGUCUAAACAUAGCCGCACUCCUUUUGGGUUGCUGCGUCUACAUACGACAUCGUCAGGUGGAACAAUGGCGUUGCGAACGUGGUGGACAUUUGGUGAGCCGAGGAGUGGUUGUUUCCGCAGCUUGGUGCGGAGCUUUUUCUUGCUUCGGAUUGGACAUUCUAGCGAACUUUCAAGAAGUUAACGGUAUCGUUGCCGCUCACAUGGUCGGCGCGAUGACUUGCUUCACCGCUGGAACACUUUACUUUUGUCUUCAGACCUACCUCAGCCACAAGAUGAUAAAUGCAGUGAACGGAUGGAUGGUUGUGUGGGUUCGAGGCGCCCUGUCAGCCUUGACGGUCAUUUUCACGGUGAUAACCAUCGUCCCCGGCUACAUUUCCAUGUGCGAAUUUCGAGGAAAUAACUACAAGAAAUGGAUGCCCAAGGAUGGUGGAUGGGGAUGGCACAUGACCAGUGCAAUCGCGGAAUGGAUGCUUGCGAUCGUCUACUGCGUUUUUCUGUUGACUUUUGUUCCUGAAUUUCGGUUGAUUAAUUUCGAAGCACCCCAAGUCGCGUUGAUUUAUCUGGACAAAGAUCAACAGUACGAUCCAAAACUUUCGGAAACCCAGGAGACCACGAUGCAGCGAGAAGUGUGAAUGAAAAGAUAUUUUCGUACUUUUUGCACCGUUACUUUCGUGCAGGAUAAAUGAGGGAAUAGAUAAAUGAGUAGAUGAGACCAAAAAUCGCGUCUCGUUCCGCGGUGUGCAUCGAAAAGUUAUUGAUCUUCAACCCCAACUGCGCCAUUUGAUUGGCGACAAUCGACGUGCAUCGCGAGUCAGACUCCAGUACUUAAUGAAAAAACCCGACCCAAGUUCAAUAUAUCUGUAAUAUAAUGGAAACUAUUUUAUUUUUGGAUAAAAUAACGGAAGAAUUCAGAAUGUCGCAACGUGUGUUCUCCAUUUUGCAGAGACGAUAGAAUAAUCAAGGCUGAGCUGAAUGACCAUAUUCUGUAAAAAUGGAAAGUAAUAUAGGAUAUUUAUGAAUGGAAA